GCGCAUAUGUCCACAGAGGUAACGAAUCCUUGACAGGAAAUGACCCAAACCGGGUGGCCCAUAGCGACCAUUUCACUAACGUGGCCACCAGUUUCUAACCCAUAUUAGAAACUGGUGAGGAAUGAUGAAGUGAUUUGGGGUGGUUGUGAUGGAGGUUCUGUGCGGUCAGUGAUGGGAGGUCGGCUUGAGGGCAUCUUGGCAUCUCUGCAGAGCCCCUGGGUCUGGCCAUAUCACGGAGGUUCCAGGAUCUCCCUUUUUCAGCCCAGCCUGCCUCUCCCCAGCAGCUCUGGUUGGAUCCUCCAUAUGCCCACCCAGCUUCAGGACCCUGGGAAGAGUGGAGUGGUCAGCAAGAGAGACCAGAAGUUGAAGCCCAGAGGGGCCAUGCCUGUUGAUAUGAAUUUGCCCUGGAGGCCCCAGGUCCUAAGUCCAGAGGAACAGGACCGAUCAUGUAAGGAAUGUGGUGUUAAGGGACCAGUGUCAUUUGAGGACGUGACUGUGGACUUCAGCAGGGAGGAGUGGCAGCAGCUGGACCCUGUCCAGAGACACCUGUACAAGGAAGUGAUGCUGGAGAACUACAGCCACUUCCUGUCCAUGGGGUAUGACCUUCCCAAACCAGAGGUGAUCUUCAGGCUGGAAAAAGGGAAGGAGCCAUGGACGGUGGAGCUUAAACUCCCAUGUUGGAGCUGUCAAGCUGAGAAGUUUGGACUUGAAACCCCACAAUGGGAAAUUUCUGAAAAGGCUGCAUUUCACAAUGAGAUGGUGGGUGAAGUGAUAAGAGACAGCUUAUGGUGUUCCACUGGGGAAGAACUGUGGCAGGAUGCUGACCAGAGAAAGAGAGAUCAGGAAAAUAAAAAUAAACCUGUGCAUCAUGAUGCUUUCCUUAACAAGCAAAGACUGAAUAUAGAGAGAGAUCGUGACUAUAACGGCACUGGAAAAAUCAUUCAUCUGAGGCCCCACCUUGUUACUUCACAAACACGAUCUCUUAGAUCUUGCUCAUUUGCAAAAACUUUGAAACAUAACCUAGAAGUAAAUAGUCAAAAUGAAAGUAAUGCCACAAAACACCUUGAUAAGACUAUUGGAUAUAGUCAUAGUGCUAAUAGUAGCUGUAAGAAUAUCCAUUUAGAAGAGAACUUCUGCAGAGAUAAUCAACGUAGAAAAGUCCUCAGCCAUAAACAAGCACUUAUGCAUCAUCAAAUUCAUACUGGAGAAAAAUCCAAUGAAUGUACUGAGUGUGGGAAAUUCUUCACCCAUAAGUCAUCCUUCCUUACCCAACAGAGAAUUCAUAGUGUAGAAAACCUACAUGAGUGCAGCAAAUGUGGAAAAGCCAUCACUCCUAAGCCACAACACAGUGUUUAUCUGUCAGUUCAUACAGGUGAAAUAACUUAUAUAUGUACUGAAUGUGGGAAGGUCUUCAUUCAGAGGUCAGAAUUCAUUACACACCAGACAACUCACACUAGAAAGAAACCCUAUAAAUGCCAUGAAUGUGGAAAAGCUUUUUGCCAGAUGUUAUCUCUCUUCAGGCAUCAGAGAAUUCAUACUAGAGAAAAACUCUAUGAAUGUAGUGAAUGUGGGAAAGGCUUCUCCCAGAAAUCAGACCUCAAUAUACAUAGGAAUAUUCAUACAGGAGAGAGGCAAUAUGCAUGCAGUGAAUGUGGGAAAGCCUUCUCCCAGAAGUCAACACUUAGCAUGCACCAGAGAAUCCAUUCAGGAGAGAAGUCCUAUGUGUGUAUUGAAUGUGGGCAAGCCUUCAUCCAGAGGGCACACUUGAUUAUACACCAGAGAACUCACACUGGAGAGAAGCCUUAUCAGUGCAGCAGCUGUGGGAAGUCCUUCAUCUCCAAGUCCCGGCUCCAUGCACAUGACCGAAUUCAUACAGGUGAGAAACCUUAUGAAUGUAGUAACUGUGGAAAAGCCUUCUCUCAAAAGACACACCUCAACAUACACCAGAAAAUUCAUACUGGAGAAAGACAACAUGAAUGCAGAGAAUGUGGGAAAGCCUUCAAUCAGAAAUCAAUACUCAUCAUGCACCAGAGAAUUCACACUGGAGAGAAGCCUCACCAAUGUAGUGACUGUGGGAAAGCCUUCGUUUCCAGGGCACAACUCAGAGAGCAUCAGAGAAUUCACACGGGAGAGAAACCCUAUGUAUGUGCUGAAUGUGGGAAGGCCUUCACUGGGCGGUCAAAUUUCAAUAGACACAAGACAACUCAUUCAGGAGAUAAAUCUUACAAAUGCAGUGAUUCUGGGAAACGCUUUGCCCAGAAAUCAAUUGUCAGUAUGCAUCAGGGUAUUCAUAAAUGAGAUAAACUCUGUUGAAUAGAAGAAAAUCUUCUCGUGUCAGAUCUAAUGACAUUAUAGAAUUCAUGCUUCAGAAGAAAACUCUAGGAAUGCAUUGGAUAUAUAAGCACAUCACAAAGUCUCAUAUUUUAUGUGAAGGAAGUUGUUCAGAAAAGAACUCUUAUGAAUACAUUGAAAGAAGGAAAUCGUUCAUUUAUUUGUACUAGCCUUGUUAAGGAUUAUAAAAUUCAAUCCUGGCUAAUAUAUUGGGAAAAGCCUUUUUAUAGAAAGUAUUACAAGGAAGAUUGUUACCAAAUUAUUUACAGGAAAGUUUGUUGAAAAUUAUAUUAAUGAUAAUCCUCCUUAUUGUGGAAUGUUAAAUUUAUUUUAAGUGCCAGCAACCUGAAUGAUAUACUCUCAGUUCUGUAGUUUGCUCAGAAUUCACUGCAUAACAGGAGCUAUAGGUGAGUUGUAGGCACUAAGGGAGAACUGAGGAACAAAAAGCAUAUAAUAAUGCAGAAAACAAAUAGCUGAAUGGCAGAAGACUAUCCUUAUCAGUAAUUAAAUGUAAAUAGAUUAAGCUCUACUUAAAAAAGGCAGAGAUUGGCAGAAUGGAUUUUAAAACGUGCCAAAAGGUGAAGAACCCACGUGUACAUCAACAGAUGAAUAGAUGGAGUUCUGAUACAUGUUACAACAUGGAUGAACCUUGAAAACAUUAUGCUAAGUGAUGUAAGCCAGACAGAAAUAGAUUAAUGGGUUUGGAGUUUCUGUUUGAGGUGAUAAGAAAUUUUGGAAAUAUAGUGGUGAUUGCACAACAUUAUGAAUGUAAUUAAUGCCACUGAAAUGUAUAUUUAGAAAUGGUAAAUCUUGUUAUAUAUAUUUUAUCAUAAGAAAAAACAGUGUAAAAAUUGUAUAAGAUUUUCACAUUUUAAUAUGUAUGAAUUUUACCUAAAAAAGAAGAAAACUAAGAAAAUAAGACAGAAUGGGGGUUGGAAGUGGGUAGAGGUAGAGAUGCAACAAGAAUGGCAGCGUGUUGAUACUUGCUGAAACUGGGAGAUGGGUACAUGGGUAUUCAUUAUAUUACUAUCUUUACUUUGUAUGUAUUUUUAAUUUUUCUGAAUUAAAAGUUAAAAAAAAUUCUUUUAAAAUGCCAUUAUAACUACAUCUGAGAAACAGAAUAGCAUAAUCUUUGAGUAGUCAGGCUCAGGAGCCACAUUCUUGGAUUUGAUUCCUGGUUCUAAUCUACUCUCUGCAAACUUAACUUAUUUGUCCUGACUUUCUCAUCUAUAAAAGUAAGAUUAUAAUAUUACCUAUCUUACCAGUUUAUUGUGAGAAGUAAAUGAGCCAGUGUGUGUUAAACACUUAGAACCAUGCGUGAGAAAAUAAGUGUUGAUGACAUUUAGUUGCACUCUGUAUUUCUGAAACUGUCUGGGCUCCUCCGUGCUGGGACUGGACGUGAGGGGUAAGAUUUUAGUCCAUUGGAAGUCUUUUCUAAAUAGGUGAGGGUGUUUGGAGGUGCACAAACAUCCGACUCCCAGGAUCCCGUCAAGGCGGAUGAGAGGCCAAUACAACUGAUUAGAAGCGUGGUCUGAGAAUGCUUCUGGGAGUGGAGGCUUCUCAUGUCGGUAACGUGCUGGGCUUUGGAGAGCACAUCUGUUCUGUCUCUUCAUCUCAUUGCUCCCUGACUAGGGGUGUAAUAUCUGUGAUUCUCACCUGGGGAGACCAGGAAUGAGGCCUAGCUUUAGACAGCACUUAAUGUGGGGCGGGAAGGCUCAGAGGACUCUCUAAGGUAGUGAGGGGUUUUUCUGUUAUAUGGGAAAAAUAGUAUGUACCUAUAAGUCCCUAGGUGGCACAAGUGGUUUGUGAUCAACUACUAACCAGUUGUCUGACAAUGUGUUGUACUGUGGUGACUUGAGUGUUGCUGGGAUGCUGGGAGAUAUGUCACUGGUAUUUCAUAUUCCAGCUGGGUCACCCAUGGUGUACAGGUUUCAAUGGAGCUUCCAGACUAAGAUAGACUGGAAGAAAGACCUGGUGAUCUACUUCUGAAAAAAAAAAAAAAAAACUGGCCAGUGAAAACCUAAUGAAUAGCAGAGAAGCACUGUCUGAUACAGUGCUGGAAGAUGAGCGCCUCAGGUUGGAAGGCACUCAGAAUACAAAGAGGGAAGAGCUGCUUCCUCAAAGUAUAAUCAGCUCCAAUGACAUGGAUGGAGGAAAGCUUUUGGGACCUUCAUUUGCUGAUGUGCAUGACUCAAAAUGAGAAGAAACAGCUGCAAACAUCCUUUAGUAACCAGAACAUGAAUUGUAUGCAAGCAUAGCAAUGAAUGUUAGGACGGUGUAGGACGGGAGAGUUUUGUUCUGUUGUACAUAGGGUCUCUAUGAGUAGGAACCAACUCAACGGCACCUAACAACAACAGCAACUAACCUUAAGGUUGGUGGUUCAAACCCACCCAGCAAUGCCGCAGAAGAUGGGUCAGCUAUCACAGAGUUGGUAUGACCAUAAGAGAAACAGUGCUGGGCUGUGAAACUCGAUGAUCUGCUUCCAUAAAAAUUACAGCCAAAAAACUCUAUGGGGCAGUUACUCUGUAACACAGGGGGUCACCGUGGGUUGAAUUGACUCGAGGGCAACAGGUUAGUAUGCACCUAAGACCUGGAGGUGGUGUCCUAACCAGUUUCAGGAAGGAGCUUGGAGGCAGUUCUGGGCAAAUCUUGAACCCACAGAAUACAGACACUGGCCAGGAGUUCCAAGACCCCCCAGAGUGUCCUCCUUUCUCAGACCUGGAUUUACUCUGUUCUGCCACCACGUGGGGACCAUUCCUGGGAAUUUUAGCUCCAGCCAGGUAGUCACUCCUCACAUGGGCCUCCCUAACCCCCUACUUAAAGGCAAGUUCUUUCUCCUCACUUCUAGAAAGCUGUGCUUUUCACUGCCAUCCCACCUCUCUGAACUCACAAUUCUUCUCGGACUGGUUCUUCCCAACUCCUUUUUUCCCUUACCCCCUACAGUCAAAACUUCUCCAGUGUUCUGAUCUCCCUUUUGGUCUCAUAUUAUUUUUCUUUCCUGUCACUAUCAAGCCUUGGGACAAGUCAACAAAUGCCCAAUGCCUGUUGAAUAAUAGAUGGAAGAACAUGGAAGCUGGUUGGGUAAUUAGUUUUAGGAAAUCUGGGUUUCAGUCAUAUGAGGUUAUGUUCUCAGGUUUGUAAAAAUAUAUUCUGUGGCCUUGGAGAACUAAAAGAUGGGUAACAGUCUAGAGGGACAAGGGGUCAAGAGUUUUAAUUGUGUUUCCAGCAAGAGAAUGCUUGGAGGGGUUGGAGUAAGGUGAAGAAUUCUGGAAGAGACACUCCAUGGGUGCUACUGACUGCUGGGCUAGGUUACCUCAGGAAGAAGAAGGGAAGGUCAGGCAGGAGGACUGCAUGGUGAGAGCAACACAAGACUGGGUCAGGAAUGCUGGCACCAAGGUGGAUUCCCCAUCAACUAACUAGAGCUGGUGAGGCUUGUGGGAAAUGCAGGGAGGGCCUGAGUCCUGUCCACAAGCCCCACGCAGGCACAGGAAAAUCCAAAUUUGGGAUUGGAAUCCCAGCUUCUGUUCCAAUUUUAAGGGCUCAGCUAACAGUUUCCAAUGCCUACUGUUUACCAGGACUGAGCUGGGGCUGGGGACAAACAGGAUUCAGUCUCAGCUUGGGCCCAGUUACCCAAUCCUCCUGCCCUUCAUGAGAAGCUCCAAGGAACUUGCGUGGCAAGAGAAAGUUCCUAACUCUCAAGUUUUUUAGAAGAGAAGCUUCAGGGACCUGAUGACAGGGGAGGAGAGGGUCACCCUGCUAUGAGUCACUGGGCUGGGGACAGAGAACUUGCUUUACUUCCCUUGACAGUAGUGGGAGCUCCCCGUGAAGGGACAGUUUGGGGGCAGAAAGCUAGUUAGAUCAGUGGGUGGUGAUGGUGGUGAAUGGGCCAGGACAAAGGGGGCCAUAGUCAGAAAAAGAAGACAUUGUUUCUGAAUAGGGUUCCCAGGAGAUGAUCCCCAGUUAAAAGCAACCCCUGUUCUCCAUCUAAGGGGAUGUGGAAGGAGGGAAGCAAACAAGAGUUUUUGGGAUGAGAAGAACUGCUGCAGAAGUCACCCAAGAUCACACCUGAGGUCCCCCUUCCUCCAGGCCUGGGUGCUGCCUCCCUCUCCCCCAGUUCUGACCUAGACACAGACAUCCACAUCCUGCAGACCCUGGAGUCUGGCUGCCCUGGGAACCUGGCCAGCACCAGGUUCAGGGCCUGCGAGUAGGAAAGCCCCUCACCUUUUCCUAGAAAUGGACCAUCCCUUUCUUCCUUGGUCCUGGAUAUCUUGCUUCUUGAUGUUUAGCCUCUAUCUGUAGCUCCAGGACCACAGCACCAACUCCAUCCUAGAGUUGGUGUGACCACAAGAGAAACAGUGAUGGGCCAUGAAACCUUGACUCCUGAGGGCUGGGCCAUUGAGGGAGAAGUAAUUUGUGCUGGGGACCUGGAGACCUGGCUGGGAAAGGCUUAGUCCUACCUCUGUGGCUCAGAGGGAGGUAUGAAAGGCCACUCCCUGAGCACCCCCUAAGAAUGGAAAUUUUCCUGUCCCAGGUAUGCCAAAAAAUCAGGCCAUCUGCCAUCGAAGGAAGAGGCCCAGGUAGAAGACAACAUCUCUGGGGCUGGGAUGAGGUCGGAAUCUGUCAAGAGCAGAGCUGAGAACUGAGCUGUCACAUGUCAAAGGUGUUGGUUGCUUAAGAUACCAAGCCAAAAUGAAAGUAACAGUCAAGGCUGUAAUCACUUACUGUUGUAAUAUAAGCAUAAGACUAACCUAGAGAAAACACCCACUCCCCCGUAGUUCCAUUUUUUCCACAUGGAACAGUGCCAAGUGAAGGUCAGGUGAGUCAGCACAGAUGUGGGAAAUUGUCUCACUGCCAAGGGAUCUCCCA